AUGGCAACCACGAACGUGCAGACCAAAACGCGAAAGCACAUAAGUCAGCACGGAGCACGAAAGUUAUUGAUAGCUGCUCCAUCAUAUCACGUACAACUACUCUCGCACAUCGAGCGGCUCAGUACAGUGCUUGUGUACGCACAAGGCCGUUAUCGAAGAAGCGUUCGCUUGAGCCGACUUGCACAACUGCUCAUCAUUGCACGACGGUAUUACGUCACGGGGCGUGGUCCUUCCACCACGACCACGCCCCCUAAUCCCUCGGUCACCAAUAUCGCCGGUGUCCAGCUCACCAGUGGUCCAGUACAGCUACCAUCAGAACCCACCUCCAUACCCUUCGUACCUCUGGUCUCUGCUCAACAUGUACUGCCGAUACCAGCCCCUAUAGCUCCAGAGCAGUCACUGUCUGAUACUAGUUGCUUAAAUCCGGUCGGAACUGCUGCUGCCGCUAAUCUAGCGGCGCUGCCCGAUAUACCCGCUACGGCCAGCAGCACUAUAUCUUCCGCCAUGCCAGUAAUGCCAGUGAUGUCAGACCCACCUGCAGCGUCACUUUCGCACGCUGGCCUUGACAGGACGACAGACACCACACUCGACACUCAAUCCAUACAGGCUCAAGUGGAAGCCCUUAUUAAUUCCACCUCGAGUUGCGUCGCUAAAAGGCCAGCCAACAGUCGUGCGCCAACGACACAAACUUCAUCGCUAGCGCCCUUGAUGGCAGAUGCAUCAGCAGCAGCAGCAGCAGCAGCGCCUGCCUGUCUUCAGGUGGUUGGUUCUCAGAAUGAAAGUUCUAGGGUCAUAUUCGCGCCAGGAACUGCAGCGUCACAAGCGCCAAUUAUCUUGCCUUCAGCUGUGGACAAUUUGCCUCAAACAGUUGCACCGAGCGCUGCGACAACCAUGGAUGCAGCAAUCGCAGCAGGAACCAGCUUUCAGAACACGUUUGCACAGUAUCAGUUUCCGCAGAACCACGACCGAGAGCUCAAAGAGGCGGUCCUUACUACUACGGCUGUAGGUCCUACUACAUACAUAAAGAAGGAACCAAAUGCUGCUUCUGACAUGACCAGAGAGGAAGAGGAAAGAGCUGCCGAUGCGCUCAUCGCAGAUCUAGAUGCUCAAGAUGACACGGCUAUCACCACACUAGCCUCCGUCCCAAAGUCAGACCCGAUCUCGGGUGCAGAUCUGGCCGCUGCGGCCAAGGCAAUCGGACUCGAGGCCGAUGCCGACUUGCUUGGCGGCACGAGCGAAGACCAGCAUGCCUUGACUGCAGCCAUUAAGCGUCUAGGCGAUGAGCAUGGAGAGGCUGCACAGAAAGCCGUCCAACAGGCGGCAGCGGCAGCGGCAGCAGCAGCUGCUGCUGCACGAGCGUCCCAAGAGUUGGCGAGAGCGGCCGCCAAGGAGCAAGGAUCCGUCGCCUACUUUUCUGCCGGCGCAGAAAAGGUCGCUGGGCCCUCAAGGACGGAUGUUCCUGCCUACCCAGCUUCUGGAAGAAAAAAAUCUGGUCCGAAAAAGCGCUUUCAGUGUCCCAAAUGCGACAAGGCCUUUGCUCGUGCAUACAACCUCAACACGCAUCUCUCCACCCACGAUCCUGACCCGAAUCGGUCCAAGCCGUUCCCAUGUCCAUACCCAAGCUGCAGGUCGGAAGGCGGCCGCUCGUUCAGUCGCAAGCACGAUCUCCAGCGUCAUGUAGCCAGCAUCCACGAGAAUGAGGCGGAACCAGGCAUCCACGGCGAUCCGGAAGAAGUUGUCGGCGGCGAGACGGGUGGACUCGUCUCCCUCGGUCUUGGUACACCCGGCAAAAAGUUCCGCUGCCAUAAUUGUGGAAAGUCCUUUGUCCGUCGAGAUGCGUGGAUUCGCCAUCAAUGCGAUAGCAGUCCGUGGAGACGCACUUCAUGUUCACCCUUGGGCACACCAUACGCAGCGUCAGUCUCGCCAAGUUCGAGCGUCUCUCAACGCCUUGAUGGUGGUAGCACGCCGAUAGCACCACCACCAGCGAGAUCGACCGCCGCUUCUCAGAUCAGUGGACGCCUUUGUACCAUCUCGAGAAGUUCGCCUGCUGUUGGAGGAGGUGCACGGGCGAGUAGCCUGUCCAAAGAGGUUCAGGCAGUGGCUAAGCAGCUACAGGCCCGAGUCGAAGCGCAAUCGCCGCGGCCUCGAGGUCCAAAAGCGCUGCAGGCCCCGCACGGGCAUGGUGUCCUGCCGCCGCAUCAACGCAGUAUGGCGCCCUUGCCCGGAGCUGGAGGCGAGCGUCGCAACUUCUCGCUAUCAGCCAUCUCGCUCUAUGCAUCGACAGGCCCCUCGAGCUUCUCGUCUACUCGCUGA